AUGGAGAGUGUGCUCACCACAGACCCUUCAGAUGGGGCACCCCAUGAGGUCCCCCCUCAGAACGAUGAGGAGAUCAUGGACAGGGGACAAUGGAGCAACAAGCUGGAGUUUGUCCUGUCUAUGGUUGGACAGAUUGUUGGGCUGGGCAAUGUGUGGCGAUUCCCUUACCUGUGCUACAAGAAUGGUGGAGGUGCCUUCUUAAUCCCAUACUUCAUCUUCUUCUUCAUCUGCGGGUUCUCCCUGUUCUUUCUGGAGGUGGCACUGGGGCAGUACACCAGGGAGGGGGGGAUGACUUGCUGGAGGAAGAUCAGCCCCCUCUUUGAAGGUAUUGGCUAUGCCUCGAUGGUCAUGUUAGCCCUGUCAGAUAUAUACUACAUCAUCAUCCUAGCCUGGGCGAUGUUGUACCUCCAGUUCUCCUUCAGCUGGGACCUCCCAUGGUCCUCUUGCAAUAACACCUGGAACACAGAAACCUGUGGAGAAUUUCAGAGAAGAAAUGGCACAGGCAACUAUACCUACCAUGAAAAUUCAACAUGUCCUUUCAUUGAAUUCUGGGAGCGCAGAGUCCUGCGAAUCUCCCCUGGCAUCGAGCAGAUCGGGGAGCUGCACACAGACUUGGCCCUCUGCCUCCUUGUUGCCUGGGUCACAUGCUACUUCUGCAUAUGGAAGGGAGUCAAGUCCACUGGGAAGGUGGUGUACCUCACAGCGACCUUGCCCUACGUCAUGCUGACCAUCCUGCUGAUCCGUGGGGUCACCCUACCUGGAGCCUCCGAAGGAAUCAAGUUCUACCUGUACCCCAACCUGGGCCGUCUGGCUGACCCGCAGGUGUGGAUGGAUGCUGGGAGCCAAAUCAUGUUUUCUUACACCAUGUGCAUGGGGUGUCUGUCUGCAUUAGGCAGCUACAAUAAAUAUAACAACAACUGCUACAGAGACAGUCUGGUCCUCUGCGCUCUGAACGGCAGCACAAGCUUCAUCGCCGGAUUUGCCAUCUUCUCCAUCCUGGGCUUCAUGUCCUAUGAGCAGAACGUGCCCAUUUCCCAGGUGGCUGAGUCCGGUCCUGGAUUGGCAUUCAUCGCUUUUCCCCGUGCCGUCUCUAUGAUGCCCUACUCUCCUGUCUGGGCUUGCUUAUUCUUCACCACCAUCAUUCUGCUGGGCCUGGACACACAGUUCGUGGGUGUGGAGUGCCUGGUCACGGCUGUGGUGGACAUGUACCCGUCCGUGUUCCACCGGAAGAACCGCAGAGAGCUCUUCACCCUGGCGCUGGUGGUCGUGUUCUACCUGAUCGGACUCGUCAUGGUGACCGAGGGUGGAAUAUAUGUCUUCCAGCUGAUUGACUACUAUGCAGCCAGUGGACUGUCCAUCAUCUUCGUAGCUUUUUUUGAAAGUGUUUGCAUCGGCUGGAGCUAUGGUGCUGACCGUUUCUAUGACAACAUUGAAGAUAUGAUUGGCUACCGUCCAACACCUCUGAUAAAAUUCUGCUGGUUAUAUUUCACACCUAUGACCUGUUUUGGUACACUUGCUUUCUUCAUCACCAUGUACACCCCUCUGAAGUACAAUAAUGUGUAUGUUUACCCCUGGUGGGCUUAUGGGCUGGGCUGGCUCAUGGCUUUAUCUUCCAUCAUCUGUAUUCUUCUCUUGAUCAUCCUCAGAAUCGGCAGGGCCAAGGGAACACUGAGAGAGCGCAUCCUUCACCUCACCAAGCCCUCCAGUGGCCUCCCCAAACCAAGGAAGGGCAGAACAAGCCACUGGACAUCCCUGCCCAUCCCUGACACACAACCAGUCUCCACCCAUCAAAGACAGCCGCUUACAGAUUUCCAUGAGUUCCACCAGUAG